CGCCAGGAAGGGUCCUUCGCCCUCGCUCACACAGCAGUGACAGCGCAGCAGCAGCAGCAGCAGCCAGGGAGAGCAGCUCCCGUGGGUCGCAGUGAAUGGAUGACUUCUUGGGUGACUCCUCCCAGCCAUGAGCCUGGGGUCCUGUAGCCCGGGCUGAUCCGGCAGCCACCUGUGCCUAUUAGCCAAUUUGUCUUGUUGUUUGCUCUAUCCCGGCAGUGCAGCGGGCAGGCCCGAUCAGGGUCCUUCUUGGGUCUCGUCACGCUUGCUGUGUAUGAGGUCCCCGGCAGCAGAACGAGAGAUACGGCUGGAUGUGCCGGUGACAGGAGGAGGCGAGAUGGCCACCGGAGGAGUGCUGGGACCCGGGGGUCUGCGGCUCCUGGUCUGCUUCCUGGGGGUCUUUGUAUGUUACUUCUACUAUGGCAUCUUACAGGAGACCAUAACACGAGGGACAUAUGGCGAGGGGGAAAACAAGGAGAAGUUUCGAUAUGCACUGUCACUGGUAUUUGUUCAGUGUAUCAUUAAUGCUGUAUUUGCCAAGUUUUUGAUCGGUUUCUUCGAUACAAAGGGUAAGGCAGACCGCACACAGAGCUGGCUCUAUGCGGCAUGCUCACUAUCCUACGUAGGAGCCAUGGUGUCCAGUAACUCAGCACUCCAGUAUGUCAACUACCCCACACAGGUGUUGGGGAAAUCCUGUAAGCCCAUCCCAGUUAUGCUCCUAGGAGUUACCAUCCUCCGGAAGAAAUACCCAUUGACCAAGUACCUGUGUGUACUACUCAUAGUGCUAGGAGUAGCUCUGUUUAUGUACAAGCCCAAGAAUACCAGUCCCACAGAUGAUGAUCACAUAUUUGGCUAUGGAGAACUUUUGCUGCUGCUGUCUCUGACCUUGGAUGGGAUGACUGGGGUGUCUCAGGAUCACAUGCGAGCGCAUUUCCAGACUGGUUCCAACCAAAUGAUGCUUCAUAUCAAUCUCUGGUCCAGUUUAUUCCUAGGAGCAGGCAUUGUUUUUACUGGAGAGGUAUGGGAGUUCCUGAGUUUCACUGAACGUUUCCCAAGUAUCAUCUACAACAUCCUACUCUUCAGCUUAACUAGCGCCCUGGGGCAGACUUUCAUUUUCAUGACUGUGGUCUAUUUUGGUCCUUUGACUUGUUCCAUCAUCACAACCACCCGAAAGUUCUUUACUAUCUUGGCCUCAGUACUGCUCUUCUCCAAUCCGAUUAGUAACUUACAGUGGGUUGGGACGUUGCUGGUGUUUCUAGGUCUGGGACUUGAUGCCAAAUUUGGUAAAGGAUCCAAAAAGCCGUCCCACUGAUGCCGUUUUCCAGGAGCCUUCAAAUGACGUUAUCAUACCUCACUCUCUGUUCAACUAUAUGUUUUAUUUUUGGUUUAUUUUUAUAAGAUAGCUAUGUGUAAUUUUGACUUAUUUUAUUGAUGACGGAAGGGAUGCAAUUUUAGUGGAGAAUGUAGGAGUAUUAAACGAAAAAAAAGAUUGAGUGUCUCUUUGCCUUUACUUCUGCAAAGUGUAACUGUUUUGGAGCAGAAAUGAAUGUUCAGACCUACUGUACCUUGUAAUCUUCUCGUGUGUCUAGGAUCAGAUCUAAUUUUGCAGCAGUUCUUUCUGCCCUUUAAUAAAACAUCUGAUGAAUAUUACAAUACAGAGAGCCUGAACACACUGCUUGGCUCUGAAUUGUACCAUUUGCAUAACUGCAGCUUCAGAUCUGGAGAAUCAUGCCCUCCACAGACUUCUCCCACCAUACAUGAAAGCGAGAGGAGCAGCUGCUUAGAGCUUCCCAUCUGGUGCAUCCCAAAGCAAGCCCCUGGAUCUUAUUAAUACCCUGGACUGGCACAACCAGGCCAUGGACCAGUCUGGCUUCUAUCAAUGGAAAAAGACCAAGUAUAAAAGACUUAGCGAAAACAAGAGCAUAAACAGACGGAUAUAUUUAUUAGAAUUAUUGUGAAGUUCUACCAGAGAGAGAGUCAAUUUAAUCAAGCAAUAAUAUAGAUAGGAAUGCCAGGUUAUUAUAUUCUUUAUUUUUUUUAACUAUAAAGGCAGUUAAACUAUUCACCGUGUGAUUAGGUGUGGCAGAUCUGUUUACGUGUUGGAAAUGCUUAAGCAUCCUUCAUACCUCAGUGAUAUCUGCCCUAGUAUGUAUCCUGGGUUCUCAUUAAUAAGCGUUUAGUCCACAAAUUGUCUGCUUCCACUAUUAACAUGACAGGUGCUCUUUGAAGCUAUCCAUAGGCUGUAAUACUGACCCCCAACAUGCUAUAACUAGGUACUGCAUUCCAUCAACUGCAUAUUGUUUACAGAUUUGUGAAUAGUUUGUCACAGUACGGAGGAUAACCAUUAUAAUAUAUAAUGUUCUUUUAAAAAAAUAAAAUAAAACUGUAUUAUUAUUUUUUUAAUGUAAUGCCAGUGGUUCUUUAGGGCUUUACAUAGCUAACGAAGGUACACUGCCAAUGCAUAAUAAUGCAAGGAUUGAAUACAAGUGUUUUGAAAAUUAAGAGCCAAAAGAACCCAAAGGAAGAUAAACUGGAUCUGUAAAGCUACACUUUGUUUAAUUGAAAUAUUUAUAACAGCGCUAGAUAGAAAGGAUUGGUAUCAGUACACAUACUAAACUAUCCUGUGCUGCUACAGUUUAAUAAACAAUGUUACUCUGU